GGUCCUUAUAAAUAUGAAACCCCAUACUGUGAACGCCUGCGAGACUAUCUAGCAGCCAAUCUGGCUUGGAUGCAGGAACAAAUGGAGGUGCAUCAAGAUCAGGAUUACUGGCAUCAAGUUCGACUUGCACUGCUUCAGCUGAAAGGCCUAGAAGACAGCUACAAUGAAGUUAUUUCCUUUCCUUGGAAGACAUUCACACUAAAUCCCUUUGGGUUUUUGCUUUUUCAACUUGGUGGAGACCUAGAAGAUUUGGAAGCUGCUCUGAAUAAGUCUGAUGCUAAGAAACCGCUAGGCUCAGGAUCUUGCUCAGCACUCAUCAAACUUCUACCUGGCAAUAAGGAGCUUCUGGUGUCUCAUGUCACCUGGAAUACCUACCAGUCCAUGUUGCGGAUAAUCAAGAAAUAUACUCUUCCCUUUCGUAGAUCUCCAAAUGGGGGCCCUGUGGUACCAGGAUCGGUGCAGACAUUCUCAUCGUACCCAGGCGCUAUCUUCUCUGGUGAUGAUUUCUACAUUAUAAGCAGUGGUCUAGUUAGCCUGGAGACAACCAUUGGCAAUAGUAAUCCAGAUCUGUGGAAGUAUAUCACUCCAAAAAAUUCUGUUCUGGAGUGGCUACGGAAUAUUGUAGCAAACAGGCUAGCAACAGGAGGACAAGAGUGGGCUGAUGUUUUCACCAGGUUU